AUGCAGGCCGUGGGUGCUCUGCUCCUUCUGUUGGGCUGUACCUUCAGCACAGGUAAGAAACUUCUCUCCCAUUUCUGAGUAUAUGCUGACUAGAGGUGGGUAAGAAUUCCUGGUGAGGGGCUUCCAAUCUGGGCCGCCUCCGAACUGGCAGUAUUUUAUGGGACGGAUUCAGUUGUAUACUGGAAAUUUAGAUUUGCAUGAUUACAGUGGAUGAAAGUGCUCUAGUGUGACAAAUCCCUUGUGGUUUGGAAAGUGAUGGGGAAACGGGCUGAAAAGUGUGGAACAAACACUUGAUUAACAGGAAGACUUACAAACACUGCAAGCAAAUGGUGAAUUCUGCGUGUGUGGUUGUAUAAUUCCCCAUGAGCAAAUCAAAAACAAAUGCGCAGUAAACAUUAACCACAGUGUAGGCUUUGUGCAUGUGAAUUGGAAUGGAUGUUCAAAAAGCAGGCUGUCUGGAAGAGCCUCUAGUCCUGUUGAAGCACACAAUCUGAGCAGAGUGAGGAAGAGAACUGGCUUGUCUUCCUCCCAACUCUUGCUAUCCCAAUCUCUCAUGUCCCCUCAGAGCUCUAGAUAAGCAAGCAAGAAGCAAUUGCUAAGAGCAAACACAAUGGGUGGAACUCAAAAUUGUGCUAAAGUGGUUGUUUCAUCUGUGCAGGUAUUUCUGUGUGCUAGAUAGAACAAUCUCUCCUCUCUUUCCUCCAUGCCCUGCUUUGGGGCUUCUCCAGACUCCCUAACCUCCCAGAGCUGAUUUGGAGGGGGCGUGGAGGCACAUGGAGGGAGGAGAGAGGGGAACAGCCCCAUAGUGCUGGUGGGACUUGUUGCACUGGUUCCGGCUAGAGCAACACCUGAGUUGAAUCUGGCCCAACUUCUAGGCAGUGUCUCUGCCUCCCUCUCUCCCCUGGCAGGGCUCAAGAGCCUUUGACAGAUUCAUCACCAACAUUCAGUGGGUCUGAAUUUGGCAAUGCAGUUCUAUAGCUAAUGCAUGCAAAAAAAAUGUACUCAACUAAAAUGUGCAAAACCCCCCACAUAUUAAUGAAAAAUAACAUUAAUAUUACAUCAGGAGAAAUUGCUUUCGAAAACUGUGUAUAUUAUGAGAAAUUUGCAGAUGAUUUUUCUUUUUUUAAAAAAAAAAGCAAAGCAAUGUGUAAAUGAGGAGAACAGAAUUUAAGACUGGGAAAAAAUGAGAAAUGGAAAGAAACCAAAACUGACAGAAUUCUCCAUCCCCAGCUCCAAAACUGUCCCUUACUCCUUGGCUUCACAAACUGCUAGAAGAUCACAUCUUAAGUGUUAGGAGCCCUGCUUGCUUGCUUGCUUGCUUGCUUGUUUCUCUGGAUUGUGCCCUGCAUCUUCUGAAGCUGGUUGGAUUCUCGAUUCUUUUCAAGGGGCCAGAGCAAUGUGCAUUUUAAAAAUGUCUUUCCAGGCCAGCGUUCUCCUCUGAAUGACUUCCAGAAACUAAAAGCGACUAAGCUAGUCCAUUUGUCCUACCAGAGGGCGGAGCAGCCCAAGGCCUUAGAAGAGUGUGCACGGGGUUGUGUCUUGUGGCUUGACUGCAGGUAAGAGGCAAAGCCAGAACACUGGGUGCACAAGGGCACAGGAGCUGCAGAAUCAUACCGGGAUGAACAGAAGGACCUGCCUUUGGUCCCAGGAGAUGGUCUGAAGGCACGCAAGGCCAUCACCUUGCUAAAGCUAAGCAGGUCUGGGUCUGGUGGUCAGUGCCUGCAUGGGGAGGCCACUUGAGAAUCACAGGUAGGCUGCCUUAGGUUCCAUGGUGGUCGGGGUGGGGAGGCAGGAUAGAAAUGUAACAAAAUUAAAAUCUAGGUCUUUGGUUUAUCUAGCCUUGGCGGCCUACAGGAAGCUGCUAUCUCAGCUUCAGCAUCUCUACCUUCACAGCUGGAAUAUAGGAAUAAUAUUGACUUACCAUACAUAGUUGCUGUCAGGACUGCCGAAAUAAUUUAUGAACACAGUAAGACUUUUAUGCUUAUUCUUAGCAGAGGUGUGAGGAGGCGGCCCAUAUAGAAUUCAAAUAACAAUGGAAAGCAGAAGCUAGGGAAACUGGGAAUCUGUUGUAUAUGGAAGCAAAUGCGAAAAUAGGACAUGGGAUACUCUGAUUGCUUUUCUGGGCCAAUGACUAUUCUGCGGUUGUGUUGCUCCUCCAGAGCCUUCCACUACAACUUGCACAGUAAUCGAUGCCAGCUGCUGAAUUUCACCCAGAAUACACCCCACACUCAGUUGCAGAGGAAUGUCCACUAUGACCUCUACCAGAAAAAAGGUAGGAUGGCGCAGACUUGAACUUUGCAAGGAAAGGGAAUGUGAGGAAUCAUCACAAAUGUGCAAUGGAAGUAUGUUCUGAAGCGGCCCUCAGUCAACAGAUGUGUUUAUUUCAAGACAGAGAAAUGACUCUGCUGCAAUUUGGAGAAUAAAAGUUGUUCAAUGAUUGGGUGAGCUGUAAGUGAGAGCACUCACUUCAGCAGGUCAAGAGGGAGAUGACCGUGGGCAGCAAGGAGCAGGCCAGGGUGGGGGCUGAGAGUUAAAAUACCUAUUAAGAACCCCCCACUUGGGCUUGGGGAGUAUGGGAAAAAGAGGGGGCAACUAACGUUUGCUCUAUGCUAUUCCGCUUGUGUCAUGCCACCUUGGAAUUUAUCAAAGGACAGAAGUCCAGUUACACUGCCCUGCUGUGCUCAGAUGUCCUGUGCCUUUGUGCAUGAGCUUUAUGAGUAUCUCCAUCACUUAUCAUCUCUCCCUUCCACAGGUUACAUAAGGCGCUGCAUCAUGGGAAAUGGGACAAGCUACAGAGGGAACCAGUCGGUGACUGAGAAGGGGAAAACCUGUCAACAUUGGGGCAAAAAGACUCCGCACGACCACAGGUAAAUCUUUAUGAGGGACGAAGUAAGAGUGAAAUAUAAAUCCCUAAAACAACAACAUAAUACAGGUGCAGUGUAAAUAGUGAGAACAUGGUCCCACUGUACCCUUUGGUAGUAGCACCGACCCUGUGGGAACGCCCUCCCAUCAGAUGUCAAGGAAAUAAACAACUAUCUGACUUUUAGAAGACAUCUGAAGGCAGCCCUGUUUAGGGAAGUUUUUAACGUUUGAUGUUUUGUCGCAUCAUUAUUAUUAUUAUUAUUAUUAUUAUUAUUAUUCUGCUGGGAGCCAGCCAGAGUGGCUGGGGAAAUCCAGCCAGAUGGGUGGGAUAUAAAAAUAAAUUAUUAUUAUUAUUAUUAUUAUUAUUAUUAUUAUUAUUAUUAUUUCCCAGUGCUUGUGUGUGUGUUGGAUGAGUUAAGAAAUGUCCAUUGUUGAACAUUGCAGGACCAGGAGCAGGAGUAGGGAACCUGUGGCCCUCCAUAUGUUGUUGGACUCCAUCUCCCAUCAGUCCUAGCCAGCAUGAUGAUCAGGGAUGAUGGGAGUUGUUUGUUAAGACCUUCAUAUUCAAACAAGCCUUUGAAAGUGAAUGGAUUGACUGUGCUGAUUGCUGGACUGUUGUCAGGGCAAACCAUAUUUUAAUUACUUGUUCAACUGUAUUUUAACUUUUGUUUUAAUUAAUUGUGGCUUCAAAAUUGAAGUUUCUGUUUGAAUAAAACAGAGGGUUGAUUUUUGCAGAGAGUUCUAGAUUAAUUGCUAAAAGGAUCCUUUUGGUUUGGAACAUUUGCCUGAGCCUGACAGUUCUGCCUCUGUUCUAUAAGGUUUUCCCCAUCACGAUAUAAUGGGUUGGAAGAAAAUUAUUGCCGGAAUCCUGAUGAUGAUGCGCAUGGCCCUUGGUGCUACACAACUGACCCUACAACCCGGCACCAAAGCUGUGGCAUCAAGAAAUGUGAAAAUGGUAUGUAGAUUGGCUUGAGAAACCUGCAUACCACUCACCCGCUGAGCCACUGACUAAUCUCACAUAAUUAUUCACAAAGUUACAAUUCUUGGCAAAUAUGCAUUUGCACUACUGAGGUUUCAGUUUCAAACAUCUCAAGGACAAAAAUGUCAUUUGAAGCACUGGUAUUGCCAGGUUCAAUGCUCCAAUAAUUUUGGAAAAAUAGACCCAAUAUUGUAGCCUUUCAGGUGAAAGAAGCCAGUUGAAUUCUCAAAUCAAGUGAUGCCUCUUCCAACGUCAUUUUUAAUUAAUUCCAUGAACUAGCCCAAUAUCUUGUCUCUGACUAGCACUCACCCAGCGGUAGGUAGAAUUCCUCAGAGUCAGUAAUGAAAACAUCUAGUCUGGACUUUUGUUCCCCCUUUAUGCUGAGCCCCAUGAUUGCCAUGUGGGAACACAAUAUUGUGGAUUAGGGGGACAUAUUUUCUGGGCCAGCGCCAGUGCAAACGAUGGGUUGUAUUUUACUCAAAAGUGGACCUCCUGAAAUGAAUGAUCAUGACUAAGCUAGGUCCAUUAAUUUUAAUGCGCCUGUUCUGCAUAAACCUUAGUUGGACACUACCCAGUUAUUUUAAUUUGAUUGUCUAUAACUGAAGAUGACCGUGAAUUCCCCCUUUGAAAUUUAGUCUUGCUAGCUGUACGGUAUCUGCUGCAGAUUUUGAAGCAACAUGCAAGAAGCAUCAAGGUUAAAUAUGGUGCAAUGAUACUGAGACCUGCUUGUGUCUGAUGUCUGGCAUUGCCUGGUGUCUCUGCGUGUUUAUUUGUAUGAGAUGGCGCUGAUGGUUAUCAACCUACGUCCAGUCUGGUGUCCUCUCUCAUCUCACUGCAUGCUGGCUCUUGUCAGCUUGCUUUGCUUGUGUUGUCUGAUAUCUGCUUAGGUCUCAGGAGUCUCAUUUCUUGUCUCCGUCUGAUCUUGCUUGUUUGGCGUCUGCUCAAGUUGCCUGGUGUCUUCUCUUUCUAUGUGUACGUUCACAUUGCCUUGCAUUGGUAUCGGUGCUUGCUGACAAGGCUAGCCCAAGACAUUUUGCUGCCUAAGGUGGAGCAACAGAUCAAGUCAACAUGCCUAAGAGCCAUGGGUGGCCAACUGAUUGUGGCACUUGAGGCAGAAAACCCCACAAAUGCUUUUCCCUUUCCCUGAAACUAAACGAAAAAUAAAAAUACAGCUGUAAUAAAUUAAAGACCUUACCAAUCACUUUCGCUGCCUGUUAUGUACUGAGCUUGGAUCCUAGAACAAUAGGCAGGUAGGAUCCUAGAAUACAACAACCUGAUUGGCCUGCAGGACCAGCCCAAUCAGGCCUCAGGAGGAAGUUAAUCAGCCUAUUAGGUGAGUAGGAACCUAGAAUACAACCACCAAUUGGCCUGCAGGAGCAGCCCAAUCAGGCUCCAGGAGGGAAGCAGAGUCAGCCAAUCACACGGGACCAAUUGUGCAAAUAAGGUAUAUAAGGCCUGAGGUUUGGGGUGGAAAUUCAUUCACUGUUUACGAGCUGCAAUAAAGAGCAUGAAAUCACUACGCGACUCCGAGUAUAUUUCACUGCCCUUUCAGGACACCUCAAACCAGCUUCCUGGGGCAAACUUUGCUUGCUCAGGUUUUGCUCAUCUGCUCAUGUCUUAUGGGGUUUGCUCAUGCCAGUAACUUUUACAGAAUGUGUCCUCUCCUCACCUUUCCAGCUGAGGUGUCAGGUGAGGCUUGAGCAGCUUCAUUCUGCAGUGACUCUCUCUGUCUGUCUUUGAAUUGCAGUGGCAUGUCUGUCAUGUAACGGGGAGGACUAUCGUGGCUUCGUGGAUCACACUGAGUCUGGCAGAGAGUGCCAACGAUGGGACCUGCAGCACCCUCACAGGCACCCAUACCAGCCAAACAAGUACUAAGUUCCAGUCCUUGGGAAACAUAUUAAAGGGCAGGGUAGGGACAUUUCACAUCAUAAAGUGACUGGGGAGCUCCUCAUUAUGGAGCUUUUUGGCAGACGUGGGAAUCUGCCCAUAGCUGUCAACUUUUCCCUUUUCUUGCGAGGAAUCCUAUUCAGAAUAAGGGAAUUUCCCUUUAAAAAAGGGAAAUGUUGACAGCUAUGAAUCUGCCCCAAGCUACGUUGGUGCCUCACAGUGAACUACUAGGCUAUUAUUGCCCGUAACAGAAAUUGGCUAGUGGGCGCAUUUGGAAUUUUGAGAAAAUAUUGUUGGUCACAAAAUGGCUGCUUUGUAGAGUGUCUGCAUAGCACAAAAUGGUUCCCACAUUUAAAAGAGCAGAGGAAAAGGUGUGGGCAUGCCCCCCCAACAAUGGAAAAAGAUGCCUACACCAGCCACUGUGGUGCUUGUUGAGAAGGAGAAGCUAUUUGCAUCUCUCCUUUGUUCAGAGUGGGGGAUAUCCAGUCCUGACAUCCAGUGAAAUGUGCGCAUAUCGGAUGGGACAUAUUCAAAUAGGACAGGCUGAGACAGAAGCAGGAGCUGCCCUGUUAUCUUCCUGCAGGAGGUGCAACUCAAGGUUUGCUGUAGGAGCAAGUGAAAAUAGAAACAACGUGCACAUGGUUUCACACACAUCCUUCUUCUCUCUCCUGCUGCUUAAAGAUACCCCGAUAAAGACCUAGAUGACAAUUACUGCCGUAAUCCUGACAGUUCCGAGCGUCCUUGGUGUUACACAACAGAUCCAACUAAGGAGCGAGAAUAUUGCCACAUUCGGAAAUGCAGUAAGUCCUCCUGAGAUUUCAGGCAGUGGUGGAGCAAGCCGAUUGGGCGCCUGGGGUGACGUGCGUGCCCUGCAUCCAGGAGCGGGGCCAGCCAGGGCAGGACACUCUGUGGGGCCUCCAAGGAGUCUGCCUGCCUCCUCCCACUCAGCCGUCCUACAGCUGAGGGGGAGGCGGCAGGUGGACCGCUUGGGGUAGUGUGUAGCCUGCGGGCGCCCAAGCCACCGCGUCAUUCCCAGGAGAGGCUCAGGCGCGCUCCAGGCCCAGCGGUGAGUGCCGCCUGGCAUUUUGUCACCCCCCUCAGUGGUGACACCCAGGGCAACCCGCUCCCACCGCACCCCUCUUCCUCCACCCCUGAUUUCAGGGUUCACCUGAUAGCAACAAUAGGGAGAGUAUUGUCUUGAAGGGUAUGCUACUGAGUGAAAUCUGUUCCUAAGAAAAAAUCAGCAGGUUGACCCCUGCCUGCUGGGUUUCCCUCUUCUGCUCACCCUUUGAGGUGGCAUUGUCCCCACCACUGUUAUUAGUGAUUUGAGAGCCAAUAAAUUUUGGGCUUGUUUCACCUGCUGAUGUGAGAGGACAGGGAGUACGACAUGUUCUUAUGGAAUGAAAAGGGAGGAGAGGGCAGAGCAGCCAUUUAGCAACAGACACCUCUUUCCCUUUCAGUUCGAUAGAGAAGAUUGGGCCCACCUUAACCCAAGGUCCACACAAGAGCCAGUGACAAUGAGCUUUGGCAAUGAUAUGUUUGUUCUCAAGGGGAGUGUGCAAAUGUCCGUAGAAACUCACACUGAACAAUCCUAAAUUCACUUAGCAGGGACUCAGCUAUAGGUGGUUAAAUAUGCACAGGUGCCCAAGGUGAAAAAUUCCCAUUUAUCUUCACCUCAGCAUCUACCUGAUGCACGCGACCUCUGACCCCAAAACUUCCACUCCCAAAACUGGUGAUGCACAUAAAUCUGCAUUUUGCUGUGAAGUCUGUAAAAUGCUGUCUUGAAAGUCUAAAAAUCAAUUCUGAAACUGAUCAUCAUUAAUUUAAAAAACACCCAGAAUGUAAGCACAUACAUAAAAUAUCAGUUUUGAACCUUCAGCUGCAACCCUCCCCCCAAUGAGUAACUUGAAAUUUUGUCUCACAAGACCUUUGAAGUGUGUUUAGAAUUAGUUUUGUAGCUAUGUUUUUUUCUGUCUUAUUUAUGAUGUAUGCUACUAUAUUGGUGUGGUAAAAUUGGUUUUUGAAAUAAUUGUGGCUUUGAUUUCCUUUUUCCACCCCUGGAAGUAGAGAAGCGCCGACACCUCUCGUCUACCACCAGCUGCUUCAGAAUGAAAGGAGAAGACUAUCGAGGCAAAGUGAACAUCACUGCAACAGGAAUCCCCUGCCAACGCUGGGACUCUCAGAUGCCUCACCGUCACCAUUUCCUGCCUGAGAAAUAUGAGUGCAAGUAGGUCCUUAUUCAGCAACAUGGAGGGAUUCUUGAAUUUGCCCAGUUCCCAGAAGUUCCAGGUGCAAGUUGAGCCCAGAUAGGAGUCUUUUGGUGCUUCUGUGGGCAGGUGAGGAAGCUGCUGAUAUUCUGUCUUGCAAUCUCUAGGGGCCUUAAGGAGAAUUAUUGCCGGAAUCCGGAUGGCUCAGAGGCCCCUUGGUGUUUCACUAGCCUCCCCAACAUGAGGACAGCCUUUUGCUUGCAAAUCAAACGCUGUGCUGAGGAUGUGCAGACAGAAGGUGAGAGCUGGAUGGACUGGUAUGAUGAGCUGGGAUCCUUUCAACAGCGAUUCUUUCUUUUCUCUUUCUAUUCAAGUCUGGGUAGUGCCAAUAUAAUAUAAAAUAUUAUAAUUAUUAUAUUAUAUUAUAGCACCAUAAAAAAGCUUUUGUAUGUGAUUUGGUAUUGGAGGGUUUGACAGAGCUGCAAUGCAGGUUUCCAAGUUUACAGCUACCAAGCAUAGAAUCACUUAACUAUAUAAAAGAGCAAGUCUUGCUGAAGUCAAACCAACAUGGCUCUGUAAGGCUAAUUCCUGCCUCACGAACCUUUUUGAGUUCUUUGGAAAUGCCAAGAAGCAAACAGAUAGAAGCGGUCCAGCUGACACGUGACUCUCAGUUGCAAUUGACUUUUGCAAAGCAACGGCACUGGGGCCCGUGACGCUGAGUCUCCUUUUUAGAGGUCUUCUUGUGGAUCAAUAACUGGUUCAGAAACAGGAAGCAGUGAGUGGGAAUUAUGGAAAAGUUCUUCCAAUGGAGAAAGUGGAGUCCCUCCAUGAUCAGUAUCUAGACCUGUGCUUUUUAUCUUGUUCAUAAAUGACCUAGAGUUAGCAGGUAAACAGUGAGGUUGCCAGGUUUGCUGAUUAAUUGUUCAGGGUGGUUCAACAGCAACAACAACAGGGAUGGCUUCCUUGGCUCCUCAUAGGCAUCUGGUUACCCCCUGGAGGCUGGACUAGCUGGAUAAUUGCCCUGAUCCACCAGGCUGUUUUUAUAUCCUUACGGUUUGCUGUGUUAGAGAUGAUAUUGAAGUGUGUAGUAGGCAAUGGCACUCAGGUGGGUCAUUUGUCCUCACAGACUGUUACCAUGGAAAUGGAGUCGAAUAUCGAGGCACCCUUAGUAAAACCCGGAAGGGAAUCACUUGCCAGAAGUGGAAAGAGCAGUCACCUCACAAACCACAGUGAGUAUGUGAUGGUCUGUCCUAAUGAAAAUUUCUGCCCUCAUCCAUAUGAGUUCUGAAGGUAAAGAGCCUGCCCCCCCCCGGAUUUUGGGGCCUAGCCAUCAAUUCCUUUCCCAAAACCUGUAAGCCCUGUACAUCCCCAAAAUAAAUGGGGGGGGGGAUAGAAUAGAGUAAAAUAAAGUGCACGUCUUUGUCAUUUUUAAUGUUUCAGGUUACUUGAACCUGCCAGCACUGUAUUGGUACAGAAUCAGUAUACUGGGCACCAUACCACAUCCCUGUGUAGCAACAGUGAGGAAGACGGAUUGUCUUAUUGUGGGGGGAAUCUGUACUAGCACUGGAGAAAGGAGCACACAGCCCUCAAAGAACUAAAUUUGAAAAAUAAAAUAAAAUGAGAAGCUCCACAAAAUGGGAUAUUGGAGUGGGAUGUUGUAGCCUUGCCAGUGUUUAUCUCUUUAAAAAUUGCGGAUAACUACCUGAGUCGGUGCUUCCACAUAUGAGUGGCUUAGCUUGGCUUUUAUUCUAAAGAAAAGAAGAAAACAUACAAAAAUUAACCCCUUCUGCCUAGUGCACAUUAUGUUAUGUUGCUUGUGCAAUUACAUUUGAGAUGGUAUCACUAGCUGUGGGGAAAGAAUUGCGCACCCCUCGACAAUAUGGAGCAGUCAAGUAAUUUCGUUGUCCCCGAAGGGGGCAAUGACAAUAAAGAUAUUAUUAUUAUUAUUAUUAUUAUUAUUAUUAUUAUAUAAAUAUUGUCAUUUGUAUGCUGGGAAAUGCAAAUACCUGCUCAAUGCAGGUGCUCCCAAAUGUCUGAAUCAACCACAACAAAUAACUGAAAGUGGGGUAUCUGUUGCAUGACAAGGAAUUCUUCCAGAUAGGCAUUGGGGAUUUAGGGAACAAGAGGCAGUCAAGUGUUCAUGUGCUGAAGGGAUGGUUGCCCUUUCUUUCUCCUAGGGUCUUCCCUGUCAUGUUCCCCACUGUGCAUCUUGAAGAAAAUUAUUGCCGCAACCCUGACAAUGACAGCCAUGGCCCCUGGUGCUACACCAUGGAUCAGAAAACUCAGUUUGAUUACUGUGCUAUUAAGCCAUGUGGUGAGUCUCUGAGCCAAUUUUGAGAGUUAGGCCAAUGUCAUGAUGAACAGGACCCCCCUGUCCUGGUCACUCCCAGGCAGUUCUACCAAUAGUGGGCAACUUGCGUCCCCUGCCAGCUGUUUUGUGCACUCUAUGGAAGGAAGCCUUUGGCUUACCUUGCCUGUUCUGUAUUGGUUAGUUUGUAGGUUUGUGUGCAACACAGCAACCCCCUUGGGCAUUUUGAUAUUGGAAUAACAUUUGACACACACAUUCUGUAUUUCAUAUUUUAAACCCCAGCUUGACCCCCUACACCUAUUUUGAAGAGGGCCUGGAAAGGUGUAAAGCACACUGUUGCUCUGUUUCAGCAUUCCAAAACAUGCAAAAAUGAUCACAUGUGGUAGAAGAUUGCAUGUGGUUGGAGAUUAAAAUCACCCUGUUAACAGCACUGGGCUGAGAGGAGAGAGUUACACCAUUCUUCUCAGUUUAGCAUUGAAGCAGGACAAUUUCUCCAUUAUGGAGUUGAUCAGCAUUAAACCUCUUCCCACAGCUUAGUGCUGUGCUGGACAAAUCAUCCCAUUGCAACAAACAGCAGCAAGGAGAAAUUUAACUUCUUCUCUCAGCCCACUGCUGUGAUGGGGAUGAGUGUGGUCUGUUCCUGAGUAUGAGUAGAUUAAAAUUGCCCUUUUCUUGCAUAGAGUUGAGAUGGGGCAUCCAGUUUUACUGAGGGCUGGCAGCCACCUGCAGAGACUUGGCAGGAUAGAUUUGGCCUGCAGGUUCACCAGCCCUGAAGUAUAUAGUAAUCAAAUAGUGUACAGAAAGCAAGUGUUGUGUUUGCACAUGUAAACCAGCCCUAUGUUUCCUCUUUUUAGCCGGUGACAAUAAGCUGUCUAACUUGCUGAACCCGGGUAAGUCUCCUGUGCCUGAUGCCUGUGAAAGUUGGGAAGGAGGCAGUUCUGAUGAGAAGGGAGUGAAGCUGGGCUGGGGAACCUGGACUUUGCCAACAAGCUUUGGAAGCUGAAGUCUCUUGUUUUGCUUUUCACCACUGAGAGCGUUGUGCCUGACUUCGCUCUCACAUUCCUGGUUGCAGAUAACGUGGUCUUUGACCAAUGUGGCAGGAGGGACGAACGAGUGCAGCUUCGGGCUCGUAUUGUGGGCGGGCGACCUGGGAAUUCGCCUUGGACGGUCAGCAUCCGCAAUCGGUGAGAAAUAUACGAAUGCUGGUGGUAGAGUUCCAUAAAGAAGAUGAAAAGUUUUCAAUGGUCUGGACACCUCUGCUAUGGGGAAGAAAUCAGAGUGAAUCUGUCCAGCAGGAAGCGCUGAUGGGAAAAGAGCCACCUCAGUAAUCCAAUGGCUUCAAGGGGAGAUUUCAGCCCUGUGAUACCGCCUCAUUUCAUUUAUCCUUUGUCUUCAUUACUCAGCUCUCGCUGUGUGUUCCAAGCAAUGAAAGCACUGCAAAAGGGAAAGUUCUCAGCAACAGGCUGGCAAGCUGAUCGGUUUUUUUGUAUUAUAUGUCUUACAGGGAAUUAGUCCACUUCUGUGGAGGAUCAUUGGUGAAUGAGCAGUGGGUCAUUAGCACACGCCAGUGCUUCUCUUCCUGGUAAGCAUUUUAUCUGGCUUUCCUCUGAGGUUUCCUGCGCUAUCUCCUUCUGGUGCCCCUUGGGAAAGGCAGUACAGUGGUACCUCAGAUUACAGACGCUUCAGGUUACAGACUCCACUAACCCAGAAAUAGUACCUCAGGUUAAGAACUUUGUUUCAGGAUGAGAACAGAAAUCAUGCGGCAGUGGUGGGAGGCCCCAUUAAAGUGGUACCUCAGGUUAAGAACAGUUUCAGGUUAAGAAUGGACCUCCGGAAUGAAUUAAGUUCUUAACCUGAGGUACCACUGUACUGUUGUUUUGUGGCAGAGCCUAAUGCCUGAUACUGCACAGGAAAUUGCUGAGGGGCCACCUUGCUGAAACCAUUGACUGUUGGCCAGUCAUUUAUCCUAGAUGGAAAUAGCCUCUGCAAAGGUGGGGGGGGGGGAUGCCAUGGGUAAAGAAACACCCUAGCUCAGCUUUCCCCAACUCUUGAUGAUUUGGACUACAACUCCAGUCAGCCAUGCUGGCUUGGGCUGAGGAAAGUUGUAGUCCAAAAUAUCCAAAGGGCAUGUGGUUUGCAGAAGCUGAGCUAGCACAGCUCAUUUAAAGCACUCAGUCAACAGCAGCUUCAGUUCCUGUCCCAGAGUUGCAUUCAGGAAAUGUAAAUCCAUUUCACGUUCGCUUUCAAAGGAGGAAGCUGCAAACUGCAUUUUUUAAAAAAAGUAUGGCUUGUCUUAAUAUGCUUUUGCUGUGACCUCUGUUAGCAACAGCUAAAACCAAAAAGUAAACUAUAAACAAAUGUAAAAUGUCUGGAAAGACAAGAGCAUCCGUUCCGCAAGUCCAUUCAACUACUGAAAAGUUCAGAAACUAAGGUGUGGCAUCUGAUUGGUUCCUGAUUGCUCAGGCAUGUCGGAAACAAUAGUGGAAGCUGCACCAGACGUUUGGCUUCCAAAAAAAGUUUGAAAACCAGAACACUCACUUCUGGUUCUUGGUCAUUCGGGAGCCAGAAUGCUCGACUCCCAGGGUGUCCGGGAGCCAAAGUACGACUGUAAUGUCAAAGCCAGUCAAGCCUAUCUGAGGAGGAUGUUCCAGAGUUGGGAUGCUAACACCAAAGAAGCCCUCUCCUUUGUGCAGUCAUAACACACUUAUAAAGGAGCUCAAGUAGGGAAGCUGCCACUUAGGAUUGCAAUCUCUGGACCCCUAUGAUAACUGUGUUCCUCUUAUUGGCAGUGAAGCUGACUUGUCUGGUUAUCAAGUCUGGCUUGGGACACUCUUUAGGAACCCUGGUCCCAACGACCCUGACAAACAGGCCAUUCCCAUCUCCAAGAUUGUGUGUGGCCCCUCCGAGUCUCUUCUGGUGAUGCUGAAACUGGAGAGGUGAGUGCCUUUUGGAGAUGGGCUCUGUGUCUACUACAGAAUGGAUGUGGCUUCCAUGUUUUGUCUCCUAAAACAGGGGUGGGGAAUGUUUUUCAGCCUCCAUCCCUUUCCAGGCAAUGUGCCAAUGGCAAACAGUUCCAGAGGCAAAAGUGGGCAGAGCAACAAAUGUAAAUUCUAUCUUUGUACAGCCAUCUACUUUCUACACACAUCUAUCCAGACAAGCAAGAGGCACCCUCAAAAUUCAAUGACACAUUCUAGGCAGGCAAAAACACCUGUGGUGUGAUGCAGGGCCAAUGAGUGUGUGUGAACUGCAGAGAGUUUUGAGGCCCGAUAGAGAGGCCUGGAUAUCGUUCUAAGGCCUCAGGUUCCCCAGCUCUGUCUGAAGAUGUGGAUGGAUCCUAUUUACCCAUUGCACUUGCACAUUCUUGAAUAUGUGUACAUUGGUUCUUGAGAAGACCACCCUCAUUGACAUUGGAUAGUCCAACUGGAUGCUGUUCCAAGACCUUCAAGUCUUGGAAAGGGAAUGAUGACCGUCACCCCCCAUAAAUGCACACAUUUAGCAGAAUGAGGUGGGACUGAGCAGUGCAUGGAAGACUGAGGGUGUUCCAUACCUGCCAGUGCAAUUCCACAGCCCAAUCUGGGGUCAGGGGACCAGCCUGCCUAGUUGUUCUUAUCUUGGGGUCUUGGCAUUUAACCUUUAUUUUAAAUAGGGGCAGGGCCAUAGCUUAGUGAUGGGCCAUCUGUUCUGCAUGCAUGGUUCAAUCCCAGGCAUCUCCCUAUAGGGCUGGGAUGACUCCAGUCUGGAACCCCAUUGCCAGUUGAAGCAGACAGAACUGAGCUACAUAGGCCAAAGGUCUGGUUCAGUAUAAGGCAGCUUCCUAUGCUCCUUUUUGUGUUAGGUUAACAGAAAACAGAUAAUUUUUUAUUAUUACAUCAAAAGAUAUAUACACACACACUAUUAUUAUUAUAGUAGAUGCCAAUAUAUUUUUUUGUUUGGCUUGCCUCUUGGCCUAGGUGCAUAACACUAAAUGAUGGCUCAAGUGUAGAGUGCCUCCUACCACCUUGGAAGUUGGGACACCAUCUUCUGUUCUUCAGCUAGAAUUCUACUCCUGUGGUUCAUUCUGUGGAGAACUAUAGCUUUCAGGGGAGCAGUCUGUGAGGGCAGUGAUAUGUGCAAGAGGGAGUUGGCAGAUGAGAAAGAUAAAGUGAUGUGAUGGAUGGAUUUCAACAGGAGUGUUUAACAGGUGGGACAGGAUAUCCAAGACAAGGCUAAAUUCAGCAUCAGUUUUAGGUUUUGAGGAUGUUGUUUCUCCUCUGCCUGAUUGACAGGCACCUCCCUUUCCUGGGCCUAGCAACUGUGAUGUUCUCCUGGAAGCCAAAUUUUGAGACUCCUCUUCCCUGGGGAGUUCCGGGGAAAUGGGAUUGUAAUUCUCACCUGUAGUGGAUUUCAGUGAGUUGUGUGGUUGUCUCCAUAUCUCAAAGCUCUUAUGCCAUGCAAUAAUGGAAACACAACAGAAGGGACUUCACUGGUCAUCAACAGCCCUUGCCAGAAGUAGGAAUCUUACUUACAUCACCCCUCUUGAAAGGCUAGCCAACCCUACUUUGCCUCUACUGAUAACUUUUGAAUAUCCUCCUAACUCAGAAACUGAACCAACCUAAAUCAGAAUGGACCUGACCCAGGAAUGGCCCUCCAGAAGUGGUCAGACUGUAGUUCCCAGCAUCCCUGACCAUUGGUCAUGCUAGCUGUGGCUAAUGGGAGCUGGAGCCCAACGACAUCUCUUACAGGAUCUACUCCCUGCUGAUAGUUAUGUGUGGCAGCUAUUGCCACACCGUAUUUUCCCAUGUAUAAGAGGCCCCCAUGUAUAAGAUGCCCCCUACUUUUGGGGACCCCAAAUUUAGAAAAUGGGCACAUUCACUAUCCGUGUAGAAGACGCCCCCAGAUGUUUAACCUUAUUUUAAAGUAAAAAAACCUAGUUUAUACAUGGAAAAGUACGGUAAGCGAUGCAGUUGCAUGAGCAGUCAGCCACAGGCAUGACGCUGGCACAGCCAGCAACUUGUAGUGACAUUAUCUUGGCUCCCUUAUUUGAAUAUUGGUGGUUUUAUAGCCUCUUUCUUCCUUCCUGAAGGCCAGCAAUUCUGAAUCAGCGUGUGGCACUGAUCUGUCUUCCCCCUGAGCGUUACAUUGUGCCUGCGAACACCGUAUGUGAGAUUGCAGGAUGGGGAGACACCAGAGGUACAGCCUCAGAAAAAGGGUAUUGGGGAACAAUUGGUGGGUAGAUGAUUUUUUUAUUUAUUUACUAUGUUUAUACAAGGCCACUCAGUAAGAUUGUUAUCUGGGUGACUCUGUUUUUUAUUUUUCUCUUUUAUUUUGUAUCAUUGAAACAAGAGUGUGCAGCAUAACAAUAUUAAAAUAAGAAUAGAAGCAGAUAAUUAAAAUAUACAGCACAUAAAUAGUGGUUCAGGACACUAAAACCUCAGAUUUGGGAAUUUGUUUUAAGUGUUUAUCUGGUGCUUAACUUAUCAUAUCAAAGGUACCAGGUGAGUCUCUUUGAGAAGGGCACUUCACAACCGAGUGCUACCAUUGUGGAGUCCCCUCCCCCAGGCAGUCUGCCAUCUUGCUUCACUUGGUGGGGGCACCUGAAGAAAGGCCACUGAAGAACAUUCAAGGUCCAGGUAUAUAAAUGUGGAAGGAGGCCAUCUUUGAUCUGACCUGGUCCUAAGCCAUUCAGCACUUUGAAGGUUAAUACUGGCACUUUGAAUUGGGACUGAAAAUGGACUGAGAACUAGCGCAGCUAACAAAAUUCUGGAGUAAUAUGACUGAAUCACUCAGUCCCAGUUAGAAAUAUUGUAGUCUUAUAUUGGGCCAACUGUAGUUUCUGAACUUUUCUGAAAGGCAACCCCACACACCACACAUUUCAAUUCUCUAAACAGAAUCAUGGUCUGGCAGCCACUCACCCUUCCAAUUUGCCAGGAACUUCUUUAGUGGCUACUCUCUAAUUCCAUCUAUUCUCACUUUCCUUCCUUCUGCCACAUCAGCUACAGAGCUUAUGUUCCCCAGUCGAAUAAAAAGCUUUGAUGCAUGCUGGACCCACUCACUGACCCUGCCUCACAGUGUGUGCCCCUCAUGACAUGGUCCAGCUAUACAGGAGGUUGCCUAAGCCAGUUCAUCCUCACCACCAUUUGUUGAUUUGUAUGCCACUUUUCCAGGAGACUGUGCCCAGAGUGGCUCACAGCAUAUCAAAUGAGCAAUAAGGAUAACAGUUCUAAGAAUAUUAUUAGAAAAAACCAUAGUAUCAAAUAAAUAAGUACAAAAAGUCAACAUCGUAUAAAACAAUACAAAAGUUAAAAUUAGGUUAACACCUUAAAAUUAGACUAUUGCCAAACACAGAAACAAAAAGUAUUGUAUAAUAUACCUGCAUCCCAUAGUGUGGUUCUGAGAGACUCUUCAAGCAUCCAGGGAGCCUGCCCCAUCUCUCUCACUUGGGGUAGUUCAGAGACUCCUAGACUAGCUCUCACUAACAGGAGCCUUAUACCCACCAUUAUCAUAGGUCUGAAGCCAAACAGGAAACCAAUAAUUUUCCUUCCACACUAAUUUUCCUUUCAUACCCCACCCACCCACCCAGGUUGCAAGCCAUAGACAAAGUUUUUUUGGGGAGGGUACUGCCCCCACCCUCAGGGCGACCCCCAACCGUUGCUCCUAAGCCUCUGAUUCUGCUCCCCAUGCAGGAACUGGUAAUGAAAAUGUCCUCAAUGUGGCCAAGCUGCCAGUCAUGAGCAACCAAGACUGCAAUGUGGCUCUUCGAGGCCGUGUGAAGGAGAGUGAAUUGUGCACGGCACCCUUGAACGUGCCUGUGGGAGCCUGUGAGGUAAGCAAGGCAGGGUAUGUGAGGGGCUGAACUGAGCUGCUUUGAGUGCCCUGAUAUGUGAGGUGAGACACAUAUCCUCCUCCUGCUUCUCAUGUAGAUUCCCAAGAGAUGGAGGGACCUGCAGAGAGGGAAGGAAGACAGGGUUAGGAAAAGGCUAGAAAGGUUAAGACCAGUACCAGGAAACAGUCCUCUGAGGGAAGAAGUGGAUGAGGGGAUCCACAAAUAAAGGAACUCAUGACAGGGAAAGGGGAGACAUAAAUACUUGAGCAAAUUCUAGGAAGAAGAAAAACCACCUCUUGUGCCUUGAUGGUGUUGCUCUGCCCUACAGGCACUGAGCCAUGUUUUGUUUGAACUGAAUUUGUCUUUUGUUCUCUGCUUCACACCUGCAGCGUGACUUUGGAGGCCCCUUGGCUUGCUUGACUCAUGACUGCUGGGUGUUGGAAGGUGUGAUCACCCCCAACCGCGUUUGCGCUCACAAAGAGAAGCCUGCCACCUUCAUCCGUGUCUCCCUUUAUGCUGACUGGAUCAACAAAGUAAUGAAGUUGAGCUGA